GAGCUCUGUCCUCUCCAACAUACACCUUUUCCGUUGUGUGUCGAGCAGAAAAUGACCAUUGAAGGAUCAGAGCCAAACCAGGCAUCAGAUCACAUAUUGGAUUGGCUAGAGGAUUCAGUGUCAUUCCUUCCAUCUUUCUUGGAUGAUCCUUACAACGCAGCCGAUAUCAAUCCCUAUCAAUGGUGGGAGCAAGCAGAAGAGAUUUGCCAGGAUCUAGCCAACACCAACACCAGUCUCAGCAGCAGCACAACCACAAGCACCACCACAAAUAUCAAUACAACUAGCCUAAUAUCACCGAAUAAUCCCACCAUAUCUAAUCAUCCACCAACGUCCACUUCAAACAAGAAACGGAAAGAUCCUGAAGACCCAGUUCCCAAAACAUCCCAGAAUCAUAAUCAGAGAAGGAAUCUGAAUCAUCGGGUAAACAAGGAAGAGCAAGAUGGUGAAGCAGUAGUUGGAGAAGUGGUGGCAGUGAAAAAAUCAAAUGGAAACAAGAACAGGACCAACAAGAGCACAGAUAAUAACUCAAAUAACGGUAACAAGAAGGAAGGAAGAUGGGCAGAACAGUUACUUAACCCCUGUGCAGCUGCUAUUACUAUUGGAAACUUGUCACGCGUGCAACACCUUCUCUAUGUGCUCCAUGAGCUAGCCUCCCCAACUGGCGAUGCUAACCACCGGCUAGCAGCUCAUGGUCUUCGAGCGCUCACACAUCACCUAUCAUCCUCGUCAACUUUGUCCUCGGCAUCCAUAGGAACCGUUACUUUCGCUUCAACUGAGCCAAAGUUCUUUCAAAAAGCUUUACUCAAAUUCUACGAGGUGAGUCCUUGGUUUGCCUUCCCUAAUAACAUUGCAAAUGCCUCUAUCCUUCAAGUUCUUGGACAAGAACAAGAUCCCACGCGAAUCCUUCAUAUUCUUGAUAUUGGGGUCUCCCAUGGUGUGCAGUGGCCUACACUUCUUGAAGCCUUGACUCGCCGGCCUGGAGGACCUCCUCCUCUAGUACGCAUCACAGUCAUCACUGCCACCACUGAAAAUGAUCAAAGCACUGAGCCCCCCUUUUCAAUAGGUCCGCCAGGAGACAAUUUUCCCUCAAGACUACUUGGUUUUGCUAAGUUCAUGAACAUCAAUUUGGAAAUCAAGCGACUUGAUGGCUACCCAUUACAAAAACUUAGUGAAAGCAUAAUAGACGCCAAACCUGAAGAAGCCUUAAUAGUUUGUGCGCAAUUCAGACUCCAUCAUUUAAACCACAACACACCAGAUGAAAGAACUGAGUUCUUGAGAGUUCUGAGAAGGUUGGAGCCCAAAGGCGUGAUACUCAGCGAAAACAAUAUGGAUUGUAGCUGCAACAGUUGUGGGGAUUUUGCAACAGGAUUCUCACGGAGAGUAGAGUAUUUAUGGAGGUUUUUGGACUCAACAAGUUCAGCUUUCAAAGGGCGAGAGAGUGAAGAAAGACGGAUGAUGGAAGGAGAGGGGUCAAAGGCCUUAACAAAUCGUGGAGAAAUGAAUGAAGGGAUAGAUAAAUGGUGCGAGAGGAUGAAAGGGGUGGGAUUUGUAGGCGAGAUGUUUAGAGAAGAUGCCAUUGACGGAGCUCGUGCAUUGUUGAGGAAGUAUGACAGUAACUGGGAGAUGAGAACGGAAGGGAAAGAUGGGUGCGUGGGGCUAUGGUGGAAAGGACAACCUGUUUCUUUUUGUUCAUUAUGGAAAUUGGAUAUGAAAGGACGUGAAAGUUAGAAACAUUACAAGUACUUUUGCUCGUCUUCUUCAUAUAAAUGUUCCCUUUUUUUUUCAUUAUGUAAAUUUAACGAAUAUAAUAAAACUAUAUGUCAGAGGCUGGUGGUGCAGUCCUUUGUUUUUG